GCCAAAAUCGCAAGGUUAGAACUGGGACAUUCUGCGCACUUCGAGCCGGUCUCGUCUCGCUUUGUGAUUUGGUGAUCCCUACAGUCCACGUACAAUGGGUCCUGCUCCAGACCACUACACGGAAUUGACUCCUAGGUGGAGCUGGCAGCUCGUUCUUCUAUCCUAUGUAGUGGCCGUGUUGGGCUCCUACACGACGACGCAACUUGUUAUUCACGCAACGGGAUGCAAGUCACGGACUUGGAAGCUUACGUGGUUGGGGUUGGCGGCUCUUACGCUAGGAGGUUGCGGCAUCUGGAGUAUGCACUUUGUUGGAAUCUUGGCAAUGGAUCUGGGUAUCCCCGUAUCAUAUGAUGUUCCCUUGACUGUUGGCAGUUUCUUGGUGACUGUGAUCAUUACCUUUUGCACAUUUGCCGUUGAUGAAGUUCUUGCCUUCUUGCAACAAAUUCCGCGACGAAAUUUGAAUCUAUUGUUUCCAACGUCCGACGAGGCAGGCUACCAGCGUGUUACGGGAACAAGUGGUGAAAAUACCCCGGUAUGGGACGAGGAGGAAGGUGGUGUUGGAAUACUGAAUCCACCAGAGUCACCACGCACAUUUAUCGAAAGGGACGAAGCUGACUCUGAAACAUCGGCGAUCGACGAUAUACCAAUAGCACGGACCAACGUGGCACCUUUCUGGUCACACCGCGCGGGGGCCAAUUAUGUAUUGGGACGCAUAUUUUGGAAGUUCUGGCUCUCCCUCAGCAUACCUGUCAUGCUGAAGGGUUUCUUUUUAGCCCUCGCAUAUGCAGCCAUGCAUUACAUGGGAAUGUUUGCGAUGAAAAUGGAUGCGGUCAUCGAGUGGAACCCUCUCUUUAUCGUUUUGUCAUUCCUGGAUGCGUGGUUGAUCUGUAUUAUUGCCUUCGUAUUCAUGCCUCAGCGAGUCGAAUCUAUGCGACAAUUCAUUUUCAGCCUGGUAGCGGCAGCUGGCGCCGCUAUCAUGCACUACACGGGAGUAUAUGCGGCCACUUUUUAUACUACAACUCCACCUCCAUAUAACAAAGGAGCAUAUCCGUUGUAUGUGGCCUUCUAUAUAAUUGGUUUCGCUCUGGGAACCUGCUUUAUUAGCUAUAUUAUGCUGGCCAAUAUCGUCACCCAGUCUCGGAAUCGUUUGGCAGAAAUGAUCACAACCAAACGACGACUGUGGAAAGUGUUGGCAGAGAAGGAGGCUGCCGAGAGGGCGAACAAAGUCAAAACGGAUUUUAUCUCGGUUGCUAGUCACGAAAUUCGGACCCCCCUUCACGCCAUAUCAGGAUACACAGAGCUCCUGGAGCAAACUAAUUUAACCGAAGAGCAACGGAGUUACGUCGAAGCAAUCAAGACUGGGUGCCACACAAUCCAAUUAAUCACAACGAAUGUGCUGGAUUUCACCAAGCUGGAACGUGGAAAUGCCGAAACACGGGCUAAACCGGUAGAGCUGGACAUCCGCCUGGUAGCGGCUAACAUCGUCAAGAGUUGCGCACCAAGCCCCCAGCAAACCAACGUGGACUUGAUCCUAGUGGUGGAAGAUGAGGUACCACAGCAGAUUUUCAUCGAUGAGAUCUAUAUAACACGAGUUUUGAUGAAUCUUGUCAGCAAUGCGAUAAAGUUCACGAAUGAAGGCUACGUCCUGCUGGCGCUGGAAAUGGAGCGGAAUGAACACGGUGAUGAUGUUCUGCUGAUACGGGUGAAGGACACAGGCGUCGGUGAGUCCGCGUUCAUCGGUGUGUUUAUUGCGGAUGCUUAUGUCCGGCGACUAGGAGUACCGCCGGCGUUUAAGAAUGCAAUCUUCGAACCAUUUAGACAAGCCGAUACAUCGCAUACCAGGAAACACAAUGGCGCAGGCUUGGGACUUGCAAUUUGCAAACAACUUAUAACAAUAAUGCAAGGCACAAUAGAGUUCCAGUCCACGGAGAAAGUAGGAACCGUUUUCAGCGUCCGGAUACCGAUUCAAAGUCCAUGUAAACCUGAUGCAUCACUCGGUGCUGUAUCCAAAUACACUCACCGUGGACGGAUUGCAUUACUCACUCGAAAUCGCCUGUCAUUUGACCUCCUGAAGACGCUAUGGACGAACCGUGGAUUUUGCAUCAUAAAUUCACCCGAAAAUAUACCAGAAGCGGAUCUGCCUGAGGCCUUGCGUCAAGCAGAUAUUAUUUGGACGGAUAUAGAGAUCUUUAACCAGAAACCUGCUUUAAAAGAUGUGGUCAAUACCUCCAAACCGCUGUUCAUCUGCUACCAGGAAACCGACGUGGAUUUGGAUAUGGCUUCCCUGGGAGGAAAUGUGGUUGGCGUUAAGAGACCGAUCAUCGUUCAUCUUAUCGAAGAGUGGUUACAGAACCCUGAUCGCAAGCUAGAAAACGAUGGAAUGGUGCAUUCAGUCGCCGAAUCAUCAACAUCGAUUGAGAGAACAAGCGCCGAGUACAUAGUACCCGUAACGAAAGCAAAGCAAGUCUCAUCUGGUAAGACGAAGGAAGUUCGAUUUUCUGUUGAGAACGGAAAUCGACAGAUCGUCAACGGAGCGGAGGCCGUGGCUCGUACUGAUAGCGGUGCUGAGUUGUUGGCGGUCCCUGAUUCGCCGGCACGGGAAAAGACGCAAUCACAAGAUGAGAAUCGUGAGAGCAGAUUGAUCCAUCCGUCCAAUGUCUCCCACUCAAAAGGUUCUGUCUUGUUGGUUGAGGACAACGUGGUCAAUCAACGAUUAGGCUUUCGUCUCCUCCAGAAACUGGGUUACGAUGCCACACUCGCGACCAAUGGGCUAGAAGCAGUCCAAACUCUACAAGCCAAUCCUCUGAAAUUCGACGUAGUACUGAUGGAUUGCCAAAUGCCCGUCAUGUCUGGCUCUGAAGCUACCAAACGCAUAAGAGCAAUGGAACGACAAGGCAUUGUCUUUGCCCGGAGAACGGAGUCAAUGGAGGGUAGCCCACCCAGAAGGCUCCCUAUUAUUGCCUUAACAGCAAAUGUCAGCGCCGAGAGUCGCGUAGAAUGUGAAACGGCCGGAAUGGAUUUAUUUUUGCCGAAGCCGCUAAAGAUGGGGGACCUGGGGAAUGCUUUAGAGAGAUUUCUCAAAUGAGAUGGACUUCAAAAUGGGAAUGGUUCUUGAAAUCACGACGUAUGGACAUGAUUGUACUGGAAAAACUGUUAAGACUUUUUGGAAAGGGCGACACUAUUGUAUAGGAGGACUGUUCGCCCUAUGUACACUUUCGUUUUGUUUUUACCUCUCUGUAUCAUAAAUGGUCGAGUUAAUUAGAUAUAUUAGACUUUGGCAGUAUCGGACAAGAUUUUCCUUUGAUAUAGCAUCCUGCCGUUCUUGCACGCCUAAUACGAAAA